GCCUCUGUGCGCGAGGGAGGCAGGCUGUAACGUGAACGUCAGGGUGGUGGAGUCUGAUUGAAGCUACUGAGAGCAGAAACUACAGCAGGAGGAGGAAACACAAGCUAUACUUGUGCAAACCUGACAGAGAGCUCCGUGUAAAAAUGGCGUACCACAGUCCAUACAGAGCCCCCCCACACAUCAACGCUCCUCCGGACCAGGGUUUCCUGUGGAAUAUCUUCCAGAGGGUCGACAAGGACCGGAGUGGAGUGAUAUCAGACACGGAGCUUCAGCAAGCCUUAUCGAACGGCACGUGGACUCCUUUCAACCCAGUGACCGUCCGCUCCAUUAUAUCCAUGUUCGACAGAGAAAAUAAAGGCGGGGUGAACUUCAACGAGUUUGCCGGUGUGUGGAAGUACAUCACGGACUGGCAGAACAUCUUCAGGAACUACGACAGGGACAACUCCGGCUUCAUCGAUAAACAAGAGCUUAAGCAGGCACUGACUGGAUUCGGUGAGCAACAAAGCUAUCGUCUAUCGGACCAGUUCUACGGCACACUGAUAGAGAAGUUCGACCGCCAGAGGAAGGGACAGGUGGCCUUCGAUGACUUCAUCCAGUGCUGUAUUGUACUGCAGAGGUUGACUGAUGUUUUCAGGCGAUAUGAUACGGAUCAGGACGGCUGGAUCCAGGUUUCAUAUGAACAGUAUCUUUCCAUGGUCUUCAAUAUAGUAUAAUACACACGGCUCACCACAGAAGAGCACAACUGGACACAACUGUGCCAAAGCUACCGGCACCUCCCGGAAGUCUGCCAUGAUGGACGCUGCAAGAUUUUUUUAAUUUUUAAUUUUUAAAGCCUUGCUGUUGUUUUU